ACAUGUGUUUUUAUUUUGCACUGUUCGCUCUCAAAGUUCACAAAUUGUUAAUUGAAUUAGAUAGAAUCGUAAACGUAAAUUGUUAUAUUAUAAAAUGAGCUAUGCGGGGGGCAUUAUUAGUCAUACUUACUCGGCAAAUUCUUGUGAGUUAAAAUUUGAGUUGAAACGAAAUUCAUCAUGUCGUGAAUCUUGUGGGACGAGGUCCAUCCACAAUGUUCGAAAUUGUGACAUAUAUAUCGAAGACUAUAACUUUCUCAUCUAUGUGGACGUUCAACUGUUCAAGUUUUACUCCACACGACGUUUUGAUUUAAAGAAUUUGAAGAAUAUCUGCUUCAAUUACAAUUCCAAAGAAAAGACAUUGCAUGUCACACUACCGUGUUUACCCCCCGGAGAGGAGGAAAGACCAGAGAAGGACAUACAAGAAGACAAGUCCAAGCGGGUAGAACCACGUUUGGACCUCUGGAAGCUGAAACGCAUUACAGACAAUUGUUUAUUGCGAAUUGACGAUGCAGCCGAACUAAUGAGACCUGAGGGUUCAUAUGGCUAUGGCUUCGCCAGUAAGUUUCGCGGCAGAAUUCAAUCAUUUGAGUACAACCUGGAGAGUAUAACGCGGAUGCCAGAACCCAACUUGGUAAGCCCUCUGCAGCGUCUAAUUGACAGAGAUAUAGAUGAGAUGAAAAAUUUCUCCCGUGAUCAGUAUAAACUUAAUUUUGUAGAACUGCAAGUUCCCGAUGGUCUGGAUAACCCCAUGCAAUUUACGAUUAAUUUCAAAGAUUGCACGCUUGAACGAGACGAGGAAUGUUUGCUGCACAAUUUGACUUCGAAAGCUGAACUAAAUACAAUGCCUGUCGAAUAUGAUGUUAUGGAAAUUGACUGUGGUCUCAUCAGCAUAUUGCUAUCCAUUUGCUAUGACGUUAGAUUUACUGCAAAUGAGCCAAAUUGUGAGUCGGCCUGGACGCGCAGUAUCCUAUCGGCAACAUUGAUGUAUUUUGAGCCGCACACCUCGAUAAAAGAUGUGGUCAUCAGCUUCAUGAGACGCUCCCUUAUUUAUCCUCUCUAUCGAAACUAUGAAUUGAGUCGUCAAUGUGUAGAGGAUUGCAUAAUCGCAUUGCAAAGUAAUCACCCUUGGAUUGUUAAGCAACUGUUGGUUACACACGACAGCUUCAGUGACAAUGAACGCUCCAUAUAUAAUCAUUACUAUAUUGAAGACUACAUAAGAUACGUUACAAAUGCCUCAGAUGCUUGCCCUCCAACGCACUUACAAAUGUUGGCUCAGAAUCUGAAAAAUGUCCUCUUUGAUAUAUUCAAGAAAAAUUUGGGUUUGGGCCUGCAAGAGUUGGAAACCGAACUACUGAAGGAAAUAAUUACGGAUAUACACAUUGGUGCUUCUUCGUCUUCCUCCCUGACCAGUGAAGACGAAUCCGUUGAAACGGCCUCGGACAGUUCGACAACAUCGUCCGAUAGUUCUAGUGAAAGUGAUGAGGAGCAUAGUGUGAUUGAACAAAAAAUGGAUAAGCUCUCAUUGUAGAUCUUCUAGUAUCUCAAAAUAGAUAAUUAUGCAAAGAUUAAUAUAUUUUAUAUAUAUAUAUACAUUUUUUUUUUUUAAAUAAAAGUGAAAAAUAAUGAAUCUAA